AUGGCUUCUCACAAUGGCCCAGUGUCUGGCGGGUUGGGGCGUCUUGACGUGAACCGCCGCAGACCUGCAACUCAAGAAGGGGACCAGUCUACACCUCACGAUAUGCUCGAAGAUGGGGUCCGCUUUCCCUCGAGCUCCGUCCUCAAACAGUCGUCGCUGCUCAGUACCCCCAGUCGAGGACAGCAAAACGGGCAGUCCACACCAAGAAUAAUACCUCAAGAGGCGGAAGACUACUUGACAGCGAGACCCAGUGCCUUACUACAGCGUACCAAGAGCGACCUUGGACCACGGCGCAAAGAGGGACUUGCGCCGACGAAAGCCACCGGAGAAGAUAAGCAGGCGCACAUUCGGCAUGGCUGGGAUGAUGAGUACACGUCGAACGAAUACCUGUCACUGUUACACUCGACAUUUUACAUGUACUACACGGAAAAGCGCCAUGAAAGCAAUGGUUCGUUGUCGGAGGAAUCCAAACAGUUUCCCAGCGUGGACUGGCGCAUGAAAGAUCGUAUGAAGACCGUUUCUGCAGCCUUGGCCAUCUGUCUCAACAUCGGUGUGGACCCUCCUGAUGUGAUCAAGACGAAUCCCACGGCAAAGCUCGAAGCCUGGGUCGACCCGACGGGAAGUAGUGGAGGGACGACCAAGACGAUGGAGCAAAUCGGUAAACGCCUGCAGGAGCAGUACGAGUCCCUAAGUCUGCGGACAAGAUACAAGCAGUACCUCGAUCCCUCAAUUGACGAAACGAAACGGUUUUGCAUUUCCUUGCGUCGUAAUGCGAAGGAUGAGAGGGUGCUUUUUCACUACAACGGCCACGGCGUGCCGCUGCCUACUCCCUCGGGAGAAAUUUGGGUCUUCAACAAGAACUACACUCAGUAUAUCCCGGUGGGGCUUUACGACCUGCAGGCGUGGCUGGGAGGGCCCAGUUUGUUUGUCUAUGAUGUCUCUCACGCUGGAAAUAUUGUCUACAACUUCGACACGUUUCUGGCCAAGCAUGAAAAGGAAGCCGAGGAGCUCAAGAAACGAGAUCCGAACGCCCCUGUCCAGAACUAUGGAGAUUGCAUCCAGUUGGCGGCUUGUGGGAGAACUGAGAUGUUGCCCACCAAUCCAGAUCUGCCCGCUGAUCUGUUCACGUGUUGCUUGACGACGCCGAUAGAUAUUGCCCUGAGAUACUUUGUGUUGCAAAAUCCACUCCCCAACGGACCUGCCAUUGAAGAUGGAAAAAUACCUGUUCCCGGCAGGUUACAGGACAGACGAAGCCCUUUGGGAGAGCUCAACUGGAUCUUUACAGCCAUCACUGACACGAUCGCUUGGAAUAUCCUGCCACGACAUUUGUUCAAGAAGCUUUUCCGUCAAGAUCUUAUGGUUGCAGCACUGUUUCGCAAUUUCUUAUUGAGUGAACGUAUAAUGAGGGCAAAUCAUUGCCACCCUAUAUCGUCGCCACCCUUGCCAGAGACACACCGACAUCCUCUCUGGCAAAGUUGGGACCUGGCCAUGGAGAUGGUGUUGGCGCAGCUUCCCAUGCUCCGUGAAGCCGAAGAAGGGAAACGAGUCUAUGAAUACCAACACUCGACAUUCUUCUCGGAGCAGCUUACAGCUUUCGAGGUGUAUCUCAGCUCGGGCCCUACCAAAGAUCGUGCGCCGGACCAGUUGCCGAUCGUUCUGCAAGUUCUCCUCAGCCAAGUGCACCGACUGCGCGCUUUGAUUCUGCUCAGCAAAUUCCUGGAUCUCGGACCGUGGGCCGUUCAUCUAGCUUUGAGCAUUGGAAUCUUCCCUUAUGUAGUGAAGCUUCUCCAAGCAGCCUCGUUAGAGCUCAAGCCGGUGAUGGUCUUCAUCUGGGCGCGAAUCAUGGCGGUCGACUACACGGUGCAGAACGAUUUGCUCAAAGACAACGGCAUUCACUAUUUUAUUUCCAUCAUGAAUCCGCGGUCGGACAUCCCGGUCGGCAAUGCCAGCGAGCAUCGAGCCAUGUGUGCAUUCAUAGUCGCCACGUUCUGCAAGAGAUAUCCUCCGGGGCAGACAGUCUGCCUGUUGCCCGAGCUUUUCAAUGCCUGUUUGCUCAACAUGGCUGAGCCUGAAAAUCCCUUGCUCCGGCAAUGGUCUUGUUUGUGUCUCAGCAUGCUGUGGUGCGAGUAUGCGGAUGCGAAAUGGAUGGGUAUCCGUUGCAUGGCUCACGCCAGACUCUGUGAACUGUCACUUGAUCCCGUUCCCGAAGUUCGAGCCGCCAUGCUCCAUGCUCUAACCAACUUCCUCGGCAUUCCAGACCUCACUGAUCAGGUGUCCCAGAUCGAGGAAGGCAUUGCCUCUUCGGUCCUUUUCAUGACAGCGGAUGGCAGCACGUUGGUGAGGAAAGAGCUGGUUGUCUUUCUGUCCCAUUUUGUGAAGCGCUACCAGAACAAGUUUGUCGUGGCUGCGUUAGAGCAACUCGUGGAUGAGAGAGACAGACAUCCGUACAAGCAGUCCCAGUCGAGCGGCUUUGGAAGUGGCGACUCUUCCAAGUGCAUGCCCGUCUCUGCAAACACAAUUUAUGGCUCGAUUUGGAUUCAGAUCUUGAUCUUGUCGGCCGACCCACAUCCAGAAAUUGCGCGGAAUGCCUCGAUCAUUGUAGAUCACGUGCAUGAGACAUUGCUCAAUACGCCCAUGAAUCAGGAGGCUAUGGCGGUCACUGAUGACCUGCUGCGGUUCGCGAAACAGGAAGAGUCCCAGGUCAAGAAAGUUCCAUCCCGGGACUCACUCAGGCUGGUCGACAAACAGCCCGGCACUCCUCCUCCGACAUUGGCGAAGCAGCAGAGCUACCUGUCGCUCAGUCUGAAGAGGGCAGGCAGCUCGCUCCGCAACCUCGCCUUUGGUACGGGCUCUCCUAACCCGUCAGCCUCUUCCAAGGAAAACAGUCCUCAAACAUCUCCCACCAAAACGAGAGAACUGGUUCAACCUGUGAACACUCCUAGAAGUCGCCUCCCACCUGAGUGGAGCCGUCCCCCGGAAACAUCUGAUGCGAGAAACACCCCCGGAACGUAUCACUCUGCCGUUCUGCCUACCUCGGCGGGUUUCGUUCCUCUAGACCUGGGUAAGCGACCUGGCUUUCCACUUCAGAGUUCUUUGCUAGACUGGUCCACCGAAUACUUCCGCGAACCGCAAAUGAGACCCAAUGACCCGGACGAGCCCGGCUCUGCCGACUACAAUUCGAGGCUUUGGCGGCGCAACCGCAACGAAAAGAUCAUCGCCGACAAUCAGCCCCUGAAAAGCGUCGCGGGGAGCUCCAAAUGGACUCGCUACGAAGGGUUUCUCAACAACCAAAGUCAGCCCAUGAAGCUGACGUUCCAUCAAUUUGACAACCACCUUGCCGUCACCGACGACAAAGACACGGUCACUGUUUGGGAUUUUCAGAACAACGAACAACUGAGUCGAUUCAGCAAUGGAAAUCCCACAGGAAGCCGAAUCAAUGACGCCAAGUUCUUGAAUGAGGAUGAUCAGCCUCUUUUGAUGGUGGGUAGUUCCGACGGGGUACUCAAGGUCUAUCGGAACUAUCAAAGUUCUACGGACGUCAAGGUGAUCACUGCAUUCAGAGCCUUGACGGAGCUGAUCCCGAGCAACAAGAAUGCCGGGCUGGUCUUUGACUGGCAACAAGGGCAGGGCAAAGCGCUCGUGGCAGGGGACGUCAAAGUUAUCAAAGUGUGGAACGCCGCGACGGAGCUUUGCGUCGGGGACAUUCCGGCACGCAGCUCUAGCUGCGUCACCAGCCUGACUAGCGACCAGGUGGCAGGACAGAUCUUCAUCGCAGGGUUUGGAGACGGGGUGAUCCGCGUCUUCGACCAGCGGCUCAAUCCUCGGACUGCGAUGGUCAGGCUCUGGCGCGAGCAUCGACAGUGGAUAACGAAUAUUCACAUGCAACGUGGUGGCGUGCGGGAACUGAUUUCUGGAAGCCGGAAUGGUGAGGUGAAGCUGUGGGAUCUGCGGAAUGACAAGUCCGUUCUGACGUUGAAUGCGACAUCGUCGACUCCUUCGCCCUUGAAGCUCGAACAUGGCCGAGAUGGUGCGAGCAAUCUUGGGAGUACCAGCUCCGCAGCAUCCCUGCUGGCAGGAGGUUCGACGACCCUGCUCCGCAGUCUCUCCGUCCAUGAACACGCUCCGGUUUUUGCUGUGGGCACCGACAAACACGAAGUGAAAUCGUUCAAUACGAACGGGGACACAUUGGGGACCUUUGAACCCUCAAGCAGUCGGAUGGCGCAUGUUGUGGGCGGCAGUCUUGCGGGCAGGGGGCAUCAGGCUCCAAUAGUGGCGACGGCAUAUCAUCCGCACCGCAUGUUGCUGGCGUGUGCAGCUUUAGGCGAUGGACACGUGAGUUUGGUAACUUACUGA